AGCUCUCGCAACUCAGAAGUUGUACAUGCUGGACUUUACUAUCCUCCGGAAUCACUCAAGACGCAGCUAUGUUUGCGAGACAGGCACCUCAUGUACGAGCGGUGCGACAAAUACAACAUCCCGUACCGAAAGACCGGUAAACUCGUGGUAGCACACGAGCACCAGUGUUCCUAUGUUGAGAGCCUCUUCGCAAAAGCAAGACAGCUACCAUGGCCCAAGCACUCGCCGCCUCAUGGAGCUGAAGACCAAGUGCUCCCUGUCUCGCUUAUAAGCGGUGCGCAAGCACGCGAACUUGAGCCGGACCUGUCCCCGGACAUAGCUGCUGCGUUAUGGAGUCCAGAGACAGGCAUGGUCGACUCCCACUCUGUCAUGGAGAGUCUGGAGAAGGAUAUAUCAGAAUCUGAAGGAGGCCAAUUGGUAUUUUCUACUCGGGUCGUCCGUGUAGACCCGUACAAGAGCGAAGAGACCUCUAAGUUUGACUCAGAAAAGGGCUGGGUAGUUCAGACUGUCACCGAGAACGCCGAGCAGGGAGAUUCCCUGCUCGCUCGCACCUUAAUCAAUGCUUCUGGCCUUUCCGCCAAUCUCAUUCCAAAUUCUCUGCUA